CCAGAAUGGCGAAGUGGUAACGCUUGCCAUUCGAUUUCCAUCCGAUUACGUCUUCUUCUAACCUCUGAAUUGAAGUCUUAGCACUCAGCAGAGAGAGAGAGAGAUGGAGACGGACGAAGGGUAUCUGAGAGGAGACUUGGAAAGUCAAUCGAGACUGUACGAGGCGUACAACGAGCUCCAUGGACUGGCACAGGAGUUCGAGACCCCCUUCGAUGCACCGGCAGUGUUGGUGGUGGGUCACCAGACCGACGGCAAGAGCGCAUUGGUGGAAGCUCUCAUGGGUUUCCAAUUUAACCAUGUGGGAGGUGGCACCAAGACCAGGCGACCCAUUACCCUUCACAUGAAGUACGAUCCUGACUGCGAACUCCCGCUCUGUCGCCUCGUCUCUGACACAGACCUUACCAUCGCCCAGGAGAAAUCGCUUCAAGAAAUCCAAGCUUACAUUGAAGCUGAAAACAUGAGGUUGGAGCAAGAGCCUUGUCAGUUCUCGGACAAGGAAAUAAUUAUUAAAAUAGAGUAUAAGUACUGUCCAAACCUUACCAUAAUAGAUACACCAGGCCUUAUUGCUCCAGCUCCAGGUCGGAAGAACCGAGCUUUACAGGGACAAGCUCGUGCAGUAGAGUCUCUUGUCCGUGCUAAGAUGCAGCAUAAAGAGUUGAUCAUAUUAUGUCUUGAAGAUUGUAGUGAUUGGAGUAAUGCUACCACAAGGAGGGUGGUGAUGCAAAUUGACCCGGAACUGUCAAGGACAGUGAUUGUCUCAACAAAGCUUGACACUAAAAUACCUCAGUUUGCACGUUCUUCAGAUGUGGAAGUUUUUCUUAGACCACCUCCUCGUACUCUUGAUGGGUGCAUAUUGGGUGACUCUCCAUUCUUUACAUCUGUGCCAUCUGGAAGAGUUGGUGCUGGACAUGAGUUUGUUUACAGAUCUAAUAAUGAGUUUAAGCAGGCUGUUUUCUUGAGGGAGACAGAAGAUGUUACAUCUUUGGAGGAGAAGUUAGGAAGGUCUCUGUCAAAAGAAGAAAGAAGUAGAAUAGGUGUAAGCAGCCUCAGAUCAUUUUUGGAAGAAUUACUACAGAAAAGGUAUAUGGACAAUGUCCCAUCUAUCAUUCCACUGCUUGAAAAGGAGUAUCGGAGCGCGACAAGAAAGCUAAAGGAAAUAAAUCAGGAACUCAGCAAUGUAGAUGAAGUAAAAUUGAAGGAGAAAGGAAGAGCGUUUCAUGAUCUUUUCCUGACCAAGUUGUCAUUGCUAUUGAAGGGGACAGUGGUUGCACCUCCUGAUAAAUUUGGAGAAACAUUACAAGAUGAGAGAGUUAAUGGGGGGGCAUUUGCUUGCUCUGAUGGUCUCCAAUUCCCACACAAGUUAAUACCUAAUGCUGGAAUGCGUCUCUAUGGUGGCGCACAAUAUCAUCGCGCGAUGGCAGAAUUCCGUUUUGUGGUUGGAGGAAUUAAGUGCCCUCCGAUUACACGGGAAGAGAUUGUUAAUGCAUGUGGAGUUGAAGAUAUCCAUGAUGGGACAAACUAUUCUAGGACUGCUUGUGUGAUCGCUGUUGCAAAGGCUCGUGAGACAUUUGAACCCUUUCUUCAUCAGUUGGGUCUUAGGCUCUUGCACAUAUUAAAAAGAUUGCUUCCUAUCUCUGUUUAUCUUCUUCAGAAAGAUGGUGAAUAUUUAAGUGGCCAUGAAGUGUUUCUGAGGCGUGUUGAGUCUGCAUUCAAUAAUUUUGCAGAAUCUACUGAACGAGCUUGCCGUGAAAAAUGCAUGGAGGAUUUAGUGAGCACCACCCGUUAUGUCACGUGGUCCCUCCAUAAUAAGAACCGUGCUGGAUUGCGUCAGUUCUUAGACUCUUUUGCUGGCUCCGAACAAUCCACUUUAAGUAGUAAUUCUACCAUGGGAGCUGUCUCUCAAGAGCCAUCCUUUGGACAAGCUGUGAAUGACAACAAGCAUGAUAGUAGGCCUAGAGCAGAUGUGAAGCUUAGUCAUUUGGCUUCGGGCAAUGACUCGAGCACUUGCAUUCAGACAACAGAGACAAGGCUGGCUGAUCUUUUGGACAGCACGCUGUGGAAUCGGAAGCUUGCUCCCUCAUCUGAAAGGAUUGUUUAUGCCUUGGUACAACAGAUAUUUCAUGGCAUUAGAGAAUAUUUCCUGGCUUCCACAGAACUGAAGUUCAACUGUUUUCUUUUAAUGCCGGUGGUUGACAAGUUGCCUGCACUUCUUCGGGAAGACUUAGAAUCUGCCUUUGCAGAUGACUUGGAUAAUAUCUUUGACAUCACUCACUUGCGACACUCAUUGGGACAGCGGAAGCGAGAAUUGGAAGUUGAGCUGAAGCGGAUACAAAGGCUCAAAGAAAAAUUCAGACAGAUACAUGAGCAACUCAGCUACCAUCAGAUUAGGGCAAGGACAACGUAGGUUUUAGUGCUUCCCUGACACUGCUUUGACAA